AUGUGCUGUCUGCGGCCGUCCUUUACAGUCUGGAUACUUCUCCUUUUCAUUGAGGAGGGAUUUGCUCGGGCUCAAAAGACUGCAGAUGGCGGCGCCGCGUCCAAAGGGGUGAAACCAUCUCCAAGACCUUCACGUUCUCGCUAUUGCGGGAACUGGGUACGAAAUGCGGAUGGUGGUAGCUUCAGCUCCCCUAACUACCCCAACACCUACCCGCCCAAUAAGGAGUGCCUGUAUGUGCUGGAAGCGCUCCCCCGGCAAAGGAUCGAGCUGCUGUUCAACAAGUCCUUCUACAUCGAAGCGUCCUUCGAGUGUCGAUUCGACCACAUAGAGGUGCGCGACGGGCCCUUCAGUUUCUCGCCGCUCAUCAAUCGCUUCUGCGGCGCCAAGUGUCCCGGGCUCGUCCUCUCCAGCGGACGAUUCAUGUGGAUCCGCUUCUACAGCGACGAAGAGCUGGAGGGCAUCGGCUUCCGAGUUCACUACAGCUUCACGGCAGACCCGGAGUUCCAUCUGCACGUUGGAGGACUCCUAAACCCGAUCCCAGAUUGUCAGUUUGAGCUGUCCGGGGCUGACGGCAUGAUCCGAUCUAGUCAAGUGGAGGAAGAGUACACACUCAUGCCUGACCAGGCCGUCGACUGCAUCUGGACGAUACGUGCCCCCAAGAACAACAAGAUUUACCUAAGAUUCCUGGAGUACCAGAUGGAGAACUCCAAUGAGUGCAAGAAGAACUUUGUGGCUGUUUAUGAUGGGAGCAACGCCAUCGAGGAUCUCAAGGCCAAGUUUUGCAGCACGGUGGCCAACGACGUCAUGCUAGACACGGGUGUGGGCGUGAUCAGGAUGUGGGCGGAUGAGAACAGCCGCCUCAGUCGCUUUCGGAUGUUGUUCACCUCUUUCUCUGACCCUCCCUGCGUAGGCCGCACAUUCUUCUGUCACAGCAACAUGUGCAUCAACAACUCUCUGGUGUGCAACGGUAUACAAAACUGUGUCUUUCCCUGGGACGAAAGCAACUGUAAAGAGAAGAAGCAGAAAGGAAUCUUCCAGCACAUGACGAGAACUCACAGUACGGUGAUCUGCGUGUCCACGGGUUUGGUUAUGCUUCUCCUGGUAAUCUCCAUUUUAGUGCAAAUCAAACAGCCGCGCAAGAAGGUGUUGGUACGCAAGAAUAACUCGUUCCAGCGCGACAACUUCCAUGCGGCGUUUGAGCCUCCGCAUUAUGAACUAUUGACGCUCAGAGAAAAGAAGCUGUCAGGAGAACUGGGAGAACUUUCGGAGGAGCUUCAAUCCCUGCAGGCCCUGAGAAGGUCAUCAUCUUCCGGUUCUCGCUGCGUUCACGAGCACCACUGCGGCUCUCAGGCUUCGCUCAACUCCAUCAAAGGCGCUCUCGGGGUGUGUCGCGGCUCUUCGGAGCCGACCCCGAUCCGUGGCGACCUGCAGAGGGGGGUGCCUUCUCUGCGCGACUCCGCCGGGAGCCUGCGAAAGAAAAGCUGGCCGAGCGUCAAAGCCGCCGUCGCCCUCCGUGAUCGCGAAUGCCUGCAAGAGCGACACCACUGCGUCGUGGAGGAUCACGAAGACGACCGGGAAGCGAGCGACGGCGCCGGUUAUGAUGUUUACGUGCACGGGCCCGCUAGCAGGAGGGGUCGCUACGUAAUGACCCAACAAAGAUCUUUAUCUAUGGAUUUUUAA